AUGGAAAACAGCCUGGACAACACUGAUUUGUUAAAAAUAGCUGAACUGGAUCGGCAGUAUCUGGUAGACGCACUAGCCACCAUGGAGUAUCCCGCUGAGAUGGUAUCACCAACACCGACGGUUUGCUACGAACAGACGCCCUUCACAUCGAACAUUGCCGCAGCAAGUCCGGAACCGAUCUACGAAGACAUCAGCUACCGGCGCUCCAACGAUCAACAACUAUUUCACAAGGAAUUGCACGGUCGUCAGAAAGGGUUUGGUUCGGUGGAUUCUUUCAGUCAAUACGGAUUCCAAUACUACCAGGAACCAUCAACUGGACCCUUCGACCAGCAAUACAGCGAUAAUAGCUUCCCAGUAGAUGUCCAGCGUUUCGAGGCCAUCAACGAUCAAAGUAGCAACGACGGAUCCCCUUGUCCUGUCAAUGUUGAGAAACCUCAGUCCACUGCUGGUAGACAAUCGCUUCAACAAUACUUCUCCGGGUUUCCUGAUGGUAUCAUUGAAGAAGAAUCGAAGCAAAUGGAGAAUGAACCAUCGACAGCAACCCAGAUUCCCACAGUCAUCGAGGACAUUGCGGCUGAAACUUCACAAAGUUCAACAGAUGGGCCCAUCAUAUCGUACGUCGAAGAUGCCGAACUAGGUAGGGUGCUGGUGAUCGAAAAUAGGAAGCCCAAGACGAAGCGAGGCCGGAAGCCAGUUGCCAAAAUAGUGGUCCAAGUCACCGAUCACAAAUGUGGCGAUUGUGGCCGAAUGUUCGUCAGGAAAUGUGGACUCAACCAGCACAUCAAUCAGGUUCAUGGGGCCCAGCGAAACUGCCGGUGUCCCAUUUGUGGAAAGUGGUACGCAACAGAAAAGCAACUAAAUGUUCAUCAACGGCGCCACGAUAAGGGCAAAAGCUUCCCCUGUACGGUUUGCAAUUCGGAGUUCAACUUUCAAUCCGAUUUGGUGCGCCAUGUCAAUCAUCGUCAUGGAGAGGCCCGAUAUCGGUGCAAAUAUUGUGACAAACCAUUCGAGCGUAAGGACUAUUUGAAGAAACAUGAGAUCGGUCAUGUUAAUAAUACCGUGAAGUGA